AUGAUUGAAUUCUAUCGAGCGAGUUUGGCCGAGAACGUGGAACGGUGUGAAGCCAGGCGGUCUGAGCUCACAAGACAGGUUCAGGAUUUGCUUCGAGAGAUGGAGGUUGUUGAGAAUCUGGGCUUCGAGGUGGCUGGAGGGUCCAAAGAGACUGGCAUCGAGAAGCUUCGAGAAAGUUUUCUUGGUCGUGGUCAAGACAUCGUUGAUGAGGAGCUGCUUCGUCAGGUGCAAAAGGAAGCCCCGCUGGAUCUUCUGAGGUUGCAUCGUUCAAAAAGCGGGAGCUUUGGUUCGGGCAGUAAUCCCGCAUCUCCUGGAAGGCACUGCACAUAG